GUAUAAAAUCCCUGUAUUUUUCAUAAAACAUAAUGGCAGAUGACGACUGGGCACAGGCUGUUGAUGCUCAGGAAAAUCAAAUAACAGAAAAGGUGGAGAAUCUUAAACUUGCAACAGGACAGGGAGAUGCCCCCGCAGCUUCCCCCUCAGCAACCCCCUCAGCAACCCCCUCAGCUACUGCCUCAGCUGCCCCAGAGGGCGAGGAGGGUGAUGCAGCAGAUCUCGCUACACAGUCACUGCUGAUGAAGAAACUACACAGUAAACUUGUCCAAACCAAAUCAGAUUUAGAAGUACUUCAGAAAGAUCCCAACUCCCCUUUGUAUUCUGUCAAGUCUUUCGAGGCUUUGAAUCUUAAACCUGAGCUGUUGAAGGGUGUGUAUGCAAUGGGUUUCAAUGCACCGUCAAAGAUUCAAGAAACGGCUCUACCUACACUACUUGCAGACCCACCCAGUAAUAUGAUAGCCCAGUCUCAAAGUGGUACAGGAAAAACGGCAGCAUUUGUCCUCACAAUGUUAAGUAGAGUGGACCCCACUAGACACUAUCCUCAGUGCCUGUGUCUUGCUCCAACCUAUGAGCUAGCCUUACAAAUAGGGGAAGUUACUCAACAGAUGUCCCAGUUCAUGCAAGUCAAGAUAGGAUAUGCAGUUCGAGGAGAGAGAGUGAGCAGAGGAGAGAGGCUAACAGAUCACAUCAUCAUUGGCACGCCUGGCACAGUGAUGGACUGGGGGUUGAAGUUCAAGGCAUUUGAUCUCAAGAAAAUCGAGGUGUUUGUGCUGGACGAGGCAGACGUCAUGAUCGCCACUCAAGGUCACCAAGACCAGUCUGUCCGUAUACACAGAGGCCUAAGAAAGGACUGCCAGAUGCUCCUAUUCUCUGCCACUUAUGACGAACCUGUCAUGAGAUUUGCGCAGGCAGUGGUACGAGAUGCAGUCGUAAUACGUCUACGCAGGGAGGAGGAGAGUCUCGACAACAUCAAGCAAUUCUACAUCAUGUGCAGAGAUCAGCAGGAGAAAUUCCAGGCACUGUCCAAUAUAUAUGGCACCAUUUCCAUCGGUCAGAGCAUGAUAUUUUGUCAUACUCGUCGCACUGCGUCGUGGCUAUCUGAGCAGAUGAGCAAAGAGGGUCAUGCCGUGGCACUUCUCAGCGGAGAGCUGACAGUAGAACAGAGGUCCAGUGUCAUCAACAGGUUCCGGGAGGGAAAAGAGAAGGUCCUGAUAACCACCAAUGUGUCUGCCAGAGGUAUAGAUAUAGAGCAGGUCACCGUGGUGGUGAACUUUGACCUCCCUAUAGAUCAAAAAGGCAACCCCGAUUGUGAAACUUACCUCCACAGGAUUGGGCGGACAGGCAGGUUUGGAAAGUCUGGCCUUGCUAUUAAUAUGAUAGACAGCGACAGAAACUUGCAUAACUUGAAGAAGAUUGAAGCUCAUUUUGGCAAGAAGAUCUAUCAUCUGGAUGCUGAAGAUAUGGAUGAAAUAGAAAAGAUCACCUCCUAGUGGAUGUGUUAUGACAGAUUUUAAAGUUUUAAAAGAAAACAGGCAGUUAUUUAAGCAGCAAGUUUACAGGAUGUAGUUUUAGAAGAUAAACAGAUUGCCUUUCUUUGAAGAGCUGCCAGAGAAAUCUUGAGUUUCACUGCAGUCUUAUGACAGAACUUAUGUUGCAAUCUGGACCGUCACGUCAUUUGGAGAUUUUCCUGGGUUGCCGUUUGCACAAAUCUGAAAAUUUCCUACCAUUGAAAAAAAAAUUCUGACAAUUGAGAAAGUUCAUAUGACAUUAGGUGAAUUAUUUGGUUUUGUCAAAUUCAUUUUUGAAAUGCCAACACUGAACUAUAGAGCCAAAGGUUUAUUGAGAACAGUGUGACGUUUUAUAACUACUUUUACCCAUAAGGUCUAUUCAGUAUUCACUAUUUUUAAUUUGAGGACAAUUUGCAAUGCUUAUUUUAGAUCUGCAAAUAAAAUAUGCUGAAGAACAUGCAA